AUGUUGUCAAACUAGAUUCUUUAAAUCGUAAAAAAGCGGAAGUGGCUUGGAUUUGGGAGAAAGAAAGAAAGAAUGAAACAAGGAAAGAUAUGAAAGCAGCGGCUGUGAUCACCGGAGGAGACAAGUCUCCGGUCAGAGGCUCUCUUCCAUUCGUGCAGGGCCCCCAAGGGCCGACCCAUGUGAGAGGCAAGAUCAGUGGUCUAUCUCCGGGCCUCUCAAACGGCUGCAUUUCCACUGGACCUCACUUCACUCCACUGAACAAGGAACAUGGAGCUACGUCAGACCACGACCGACACGCCGGUGAUUUGAGUAACGUCACUGCCGGCCAGGACGGAGUUGCUGAGGUUUCUGUCUCAGACAUCAGAGUUUCGGCCUAUUAAAUCUUUUCGUGUUGUUGCAUUCAGCUUGCUGCCCGUUUACUGUUUGAGAUUUAUAUUUAUUUUAGAUUCCACUAAGCGGACCUCAUUCCAUUCUUGGGAGGGCGGUUGUUGUUCAUGCUGAUCCUGAUGAUCUUGGCAAAGGUAUCAUCAUAGUCCAUUACUAGAACUUUCAUCACUUUCGGGUGCUUGGUUCUUAUUUAUUUGUUUUAGCUGCAUCUCUAAUCCUUUUCCAGUAUGUCUGCAAUGGACCAUACAUAAUAGUCAACAAGACUUUGUCAGUCAUUAUAUCUUUGUCUUAAGUUGGAUCUGUUCAUAUGAGGGGCAAUCCUAUGUCGAUAAAAAAAUGUGGUUGCCAAAGUUAUGUUAUUGACAAAUCCUCUUACGGAAUACACUUAAAGUUAAUCAUUAAAAACAUUAGAAUUGUCCAUAAAAAGUUGUAUAAAGCAUUAGACUUGUUCCCACUGGUGAUUUACAGGGAGUGACCUAAUGUAGUAAUCUGCAACAAAGAGCUAGAGUAUCAUAUGGAGAUAGUCAUUGCUUAUUGUAACCCUCUAUGAGAGCUAGAGCUUUAAUGAACAAAACAUCAGAAUAACCAAGAUCUAAAGGCCAGUGUUGAUUUUUCUUGGUGCUCCCUGAUGGCCUGAUUACAGAUUUAAAUAUCAGUUGCAGCAAGAUAACUCUGUUGAAAAGAUCCAUCAAAGUUUACUCUUACAAAAUUAGAAUCAGGACUCCAUAUUAUAGACUUUGAAUCAAUUUUUCCAUAGCUGAAUAAGGAGAUUUCAUAACUUUAUAUUGUUGAGACAUAGUUGCAGACUUGCAGCUGCAUAGA